CCUAUCCAAUAUUUCGAGAGAAGAUUGUACGGUAAAGUAGUACCCACUCGUACCUACGGCACGUACAGUAUCUUGUGUUGUAUUGUACCAUUCGGUACAGAUCUGGUCUUGCGCGAUGAACCCAUACAAAAUCGUUCGUCAACACAAUCCGUCAAUCGUGCUCGAACCCUCCAAACAAUACGAUACUGUAGUACAGUAACCCAGCGAACUCGUUUCAUACAAGAAAGCGUGGUCGAGAUGAUAGCUCCAGAGGAGGAAGACAACGAGCCCUCGUGGCUGGAUACAGAGAAAGACGAACAGUGCGUAAUUUGAUCAGACGCAAACGAAAGCGUUGGCUGAAAACGGAUGCAGAACAGAAGCAUCCUCCGUGUCCCCGUCCGUGUCGCUGGAUGCGGCCGAUGCCUUUGUCGAACGAUGCCUGAACUCGAAACUUACCCUUUGGUUUUUUUCUUUCCGGGUCCGUUCUUUUUUGAAAAAAAUCCGCGACAUUGUUGCAAUUCGAUGCCACCCGGCUCUGGCGACACAACAAAAGACACCGAAACGAGGUGGAACCGCUCUUGUUUGGGACGGGAAAACUCAGCCUGAACGAUCCGGACGAAAACGAUGGUGGCGCGAACGCCUUUGGAGUGCCCGGUCGUUCCACCAGCGACGACGCCUCGGAAACCGUUGCCAGUAGCAAGGGUUCUUCGCAACCGACCAAGACACCCAAGAAGCAAGACUACGGCUCGAUCGACGGGGAGCGCAAGUCCUUUUGGACGCUGCCCACCGAUGCCACCACCCCGCUCAAGCAAUCCAACAAGAAGGCCGGGGACGAAAACCCCUUUGCCGGAGCCAGCGAGUCGUCCGGCAACCACAAGAACAACCCCGCUGAGAAGGAAGCCGACGAUAGCCACGGUUCGAACCCCGGAUCGGGUGGCCCCGAACCCCCGCCGCAAAACUACUGCGUCAAGAUCUUCUCCACGAUCACCGUCUUUGCCCUGGUCACCAACCUCAGCAUGAUCGUCUCCCAGGUGCUGCCGAUGUUCCUCUAUCCCCUGGACGACUUUGAACCCAGCCUCCUGGCGCUCAAGAUCUACAUGUGCGUCUUUGCCAUUAUUUUCAUCGUGGUGGAGGUAGACAACGACAGCGUUCCCUUUUUCCGGGACGCGGUCUUCCUCAAGACCUACAGCACCCGUGGAUUCCUGUAUACCUUCUUUGGAUUGGUGUGCUUCGAGCUGGCCCACUCCGAAGAGACCCAGAAAAUGAUCGAGGAGUCCAAAAGGAAGUACGCAACCUUCGACGUGGCGUGGUUCGCCCUGAUCGACACGAUCGCCGCCUGGGAGCUGAUUUCGCUCGGGAUACUCUAUUUCUUGAUGGGGAUCCUGUGUCUGCAGAACAUUCCCGACCGGUGGGUCCGAGAAGAACGACGGAUUUGGAAAAAAUACAGAGAGGAAGCGAAGCGCUGGGAAACCGAAAACCGGGUUUGAUUCCGGCGAGCUGCAGCUCUUUGCGGUUGCCGGGCGUUGUUCCGCUUGAACCGUGAAGGAUCGGUGCGGAGCGAUGGGCAAAGAAAUGUGGAGUGGUCGUCGAAGUUACGGAUGUCACUUCUUGGUGGCGGACUAAAUCGUGGUUCGAGUUUUCCGACAGAAUGGCAAGGUAGUAAACCCAGGAUACAAUGCGCACCAUGCAUGCGAGCACCCGUAGGCGUAGAAGGAAAAGUGCUCAAAAAACUAGAUGAUACGAU